AUGAAAACAACACUUAAAGAAACAAAAAUUGAACAAUUAAAUGUUGCUUUUGUUGAAAAAUUUGUUAAUACAUUUUUUACACGUCUUGUCGAUAGCUAUUAUGAAUUUGUACAAUUAUUUAAAGAUCAAAAAUCAACAUUUACAAAAUUUAUUGUUUGGAUGUCAAAAGAAAUUGAAAAAUUAAUUGUACUUUUACGUAAUCAACAAUACAUUAGUAUAAAAAAUUUUACAUUUUCAAUGAAAAAUAUUGAUAUUUUAUUUACAAAAGCUGAUGAAUUUUCAACAAAAUUAAUUGAUAUUAAAUUUAUUUUUGAAGAACAACUUGAACAAAUCUUAACGCAAAUUAUUCGUACACAAAAAGAAUUUAUUAUUGAUACAUUAAGACAACGACAUCGAGAUGAAAAAUGGAUACCAGUAACAUUUCAAACACCUGAUCGAUUAAAUCAAUUAUAUUAUGAAUUUAAUGAAUUAGGUAUUGAUGGUAAUACAUUUCUUGAACCAUUCAUAAAAGAUGAUCAAGAAGAUAUUUUACAAAUUGAUCUAGCACCAAGUACAUUACAAUUUACUAAAGCAUAUUUAACAUUUUCACGAGAUAUAUUUAAAAUACAUUAUUCAUCAAUAAAUCCUGUUAUCGUUGAAGCACUUGUAGAAUUAAUUAAAUUACAUUUAAAAUAUUAUGAACGUACUUUACAAAAUUCUAAUGAUAAAAAUUUAAACAUUUUCAUUAUGAAAAAUGUUGAUUUUUCUUUAAAUUAUCUUUUUCAUCAUGUCGAACAACUUCAUAAACCAAAAGUUGGACAUGCAACGAAAUUUUUUACAAAAGUUUACGAUAAAAUGGAUAAACUGCAAGCAAUAGCAAACAGUUAA